AGUUCCUGCGGCGGCGAGCGAACCGGCGGCGACCGAAGCGGGAUUUCGGCGGCGACGAAGGGCGGGAUUUGGGCGGGAUUUGGACUAAGGGAUAAAACGAACGUGAAGAGACAUCGACGAAAUCCACCGCCGUCACCACCGCCACAGCCAGAGGAGGAUGAGGAAGAAGAAGAUGCUGAAGUCGCAGCGCAAGUACGUGCACAAGGAGUAAAGACCUUUAGAUAGGGUUCAGUUUUCAAAUACUGAUUUUGUAUCCGAUUGAAGAUGUUAGGAGUAAAGACCUUUGCCGCAUGUUGUAGGAACGGGCUAUCCUCCAUCAUAAUAUAAGGAACCGAUUGUUUCCCA